CUGCUAGGGCAAACAGAAGUCAAUCUUGCAUGCCUCCCUCCCUUUUUUCCUCCUCAUCUGACCUUUGGGGCUCUGGUUUCCUUCAAGGAGUAAAUUAUUCACAUCUGCUCACAGAUAUCAAAUUGGCCCUUUCCAGGUUGCCAGCAGGGUGGGGCAGGAGGUGGCUUUGUUCAGUUGGUAAGGAGGAGGAGCAACCUCCUUGUUCAAACAACGUGUACAGGUGGGUGCAUGUUUUUGCUAAGUCAUCCAGGGAAGGCUCAAAGGCCUUUUGUGAGAUCUUCUGUUAUUCCUGGCUCCUCCUUCCUCCCCACCCCUUUGAUAGACCCUUAAGUGGGCUCCAACAACUGGGCAGGGCUCACUCUGCGCUUCACCAUGGCCUACAUCGCCAAGUCCUUCUAUGAUCUUAGUGCUAUCAGCCUGGAUGGGGAGAAAGUAGAUUUCAACACGUUCCGAGGCAGGGCAGUGCUGAUCGAGAAUGUGGCAUCGCUCUGAGGCACAACCACCCGGGACUUCACCCAGCUCAAUGAGCUGCAGUGCCGCUUUCCCAGGCGCCUGGUGGUUCUCGGUUUCCCUUGCAACCAAUUCGGACAUCAGGAGAACUGUCAGAAUGAGGAGAUCCUGAACAGUCUCAAGUAUGUCCGCCCUGGGGGUGGAUACCAGCCCACCUUCACUCUUGUCCAAAAGUGUGAUGUCAAUGGGCAGAAUGAGCAUCCGGUCUUCGCCUACCUGAAGGACAAGCUUCCUUAUCCUUACGAUGACCCAUUUUCUCUCAUGACCGAUCCUAAGCUCAUCAUGUGGAGUCCGGUGCGCCGCUCAGAUGUGUCCUGGAACUUUGAGAAGUUCCUUAUAGGGCCGGAGGGGGAGCCCUUCCGCCGCUACAGCCGUACCUUCCAAACCAUCAACAUCGAGCCUGACAUCAAGCGCCUCCUCAAAGUUGCCAUAUAGAUGUGAGCUGCUCAGCAUGCUGAUCUCCCAGUCCUCCCAGACCCUAAGCAUCCUUCCUUAGGAUUCAGCGUGCCCUCCGAGGGCAUUGCUGGAUCUAAGCUCUCUCUGUACAUCACUCCCCUUCAUUGAAGAGCUUUGCUUUUCCAUCCGCCUGUUUUCUUUCUCUCUCUCAACCCUCCUGGUGUUUUAACUUGGGGCUCUAAGACUCAGGUAGGCUUCGGGCCUUCACAGAAUGAUGGCAUCUUCCUAAAUCCUAAUGGAAGAUGUCUGAAAAGUGUGAAGGGCCUGGAACUAGCCUGCUAGCCGACGAGUCUAAUAAAGGGCAGGUGUGGAAAUGGC